AUGAAGGAGGGCGAGGGCCGCGAGGCGUCCGACAGCAGGCUACAGAAGCUGGAGAUCCUGGAGUCCGUGCUGCAACAGUACCAGGAGCCCCAGUUCAAGAUCAUGGGCAACAUACUGCUGGAGAUCCAGCGCGCCAAGAUGUACUCCCUGCGGGGCUGCAGGAACCUGAGGGAGUACGUGUUGAAGCACCACGCCUUCCAGUGGCGCAGUGCGCGUCGGUACAUGAACGCUGUGCGCGUGAUGGACUUCCUGGCCGGCUGCCAAAGGGCACUGCCCACCAGCGAGAAGCAGGUGAGGUGCCUGGCGCUGUGCUCAAGAGAGGAGGUGAAUGCCAUCUGGGCCAAGGCCGUUGAGAUCGCGGAGGUCCAGAGCAUCCAGAUCACUGCGAAUCUCGUCAAGGGCAUCAAGGUCCAGAUAUGUCAGGAGGUGGACCCUGCGCCCCGUGGUCCACGUCCCUGGCAGGACGAGUACUCUCAGCCUGGCAACAAACGGCCCCAAAGCAAUGGAACAGGAGGUGCACAGGAUGGUGGCUGGGAAUUUACAGGCUUGUCAUCCGAUGAUGAUGGGGACUCGGACGAGGAGGAUGUCCAACCCAGAGGAGCCCAACCCACUCACUUGAAACUGAAAUGGGGUCGCAAGCGGAGCCGGCACCACGGAUACUCACGGGUGGGCGCCAGCGCCGCCCGGCCCCAGUCCGCCAACCCUCAGGCGCCCGCCCCGCGCGCCGUCAUCGCCUCCGUCCCCUUCCAGCCGCCCACGCCCUCCACCUCCGGCCAGCCGCAGUCCAACCCCGCUAUGUCCUACCCGUCGAUCCCCCUGCCGCCCGCAGGGCCCCUCGCGAUGUCCGACCUGCCCAUCGCCUCAGCGGCAUCGGCGGCUGUCCCCGAAUCGUGCGCGUCGAUGCCCCCGCCCGGCGUCGCGCAACGGGCGCCCGGGGCCUACGUUCCGGGCACGCCGGGCGUGGAGGCCGCGGCGAUGGACCUGAUGAGCAUGCGGCAGGGCCCCGGCGCGGCCACCGCCAGCCUGACGUCCGGGGACGUCGUAAUGUUCGGCGAGGAGGGCGCGCGGGCGGGCGAAGGUGGCGGGUGCUGA